ACAGGUUGAAACUGUGCUAAGUUCUAAACAGGGUUAUUCCAUGUGAUUUCAGAUCGUACUCCUCUUCUAAGACGCCAUUUUUUGGAAUUUAAAUUUUACCGUACAGAAAAGUUAUCUAACGUGAAUUAAUAGAAGCCUUUUCAGCUCAAGCAAGACUGCGGUGAAGUUGUUAUGGAGAAAGCGUCUCUGUUUUGCACCGAUGGUCAAUUCCCUGCUUGCAAGAACAUCCCUUGCAUUGAAAGAUAACUUACUGGUAUGGUACAAACAAAAAUUGUAAGCCGUUGGAGGCCUUCAGAUGCUCGAAAUAGCGUGAUAAGUGAUGCUUCAGCAUGGAUGACAGUACUAGUUAGACAUUGUUAGUAACAGGACGUACAUAGUCUUACACAACCACUUCAAGUCAAACCAGAAAGACACUAAUCGCAGAAGAUAUGCUGCAGAAUAACUCAUUUCUUGAGGAUGAGAUCAAAACAGAAGAAGAAACGGAGGAAUCGAGUUCUAAUGAAGAAGAACUUCCUUACGAAAUAAUUGACCGGCCUCAGUCAAAGUUGUGCACCUUUGAUGGUGGGCUACUCAUAGUGUGGGGCUGCGGAGAAUUCGGUCAGCAUGGCCAUGGAUAUUGUGAAGAUGUGCCCAUUACUGAUGCCUUAGUUAGUCCCUUGUGGCUGGGAAAAGACAGAGUGGUGGUUGAAGUGGCCUGUGGAUCAAGUCACACUUUGGUUCUUACUGAUGAUAACAAGGUCUACAGUUGGGGGAACAGUAACAGUGGCCAGUUAGGAGUAGGUAGCACUGAAACCAGUCCACAUCCCCGCCUAGUGCACUUGGGGGUGUCAUCAGGCACUAAGCUGACGGAGAUCUCUUGUGGUACAAGACACAGCUUUGUAUGGACACAAGAUGGAGACUGCUUCAGCUUCGGCAAUAACUAUAGUGGGCAGUUGGGAUAUGAUUUCAGGAAACCUGAUUUCAAAGAAAAUCAGCUCCUACCAGUUUUUGUGGAUACUCUUUUACAACGCUCUGUGUCUCAAGUUGCUUGUGGAGCUCGUCAUUCUGUAUUUUUGUUUACUAAUGGGCAAGUGGCUGCUGUUGGUGUAAACAACAGAGGGCAGAUUGGUUGUGGUGAUACAGUAGAUGUGAUCUGUCCCAAGACUGUGCCUGACUUACAACCAAUUUCUGUAAUUGCUUGUGGCAACAGUCAUAGUAUAGCUGCAGAUGUUCAUGGCAGUGUUCAUGUUUGGGGAUACAGCAAAGCAUGUGGUGCCAAAACAGAUGUCUUGUCCCCUGUGCAUGUGUUUUCAAGCAGUGAAUCAAAUGGAAUCCAGGAUUUAGCUGGUGGUGACUCUCAUUCAAUGAUCCUUACUUCAGAUGGCAUUCUUUACUCCUGGGGUAAUAACUUUGAGGGUCAACUGGGACAUGGAAAGUCUGUGAAGUUUCUCAGCAAUCCAACAAAGUUGAGCUCCAGUUUACUUCCUGGAAUGGUGAUCAGUGUUUCUAUUGGCGAGAACACUUCUGCUGCUGUUACAGAUGAUGGUAAAUUGUACCUGUGGGGCAAAAACGCCAGCCAGAUUAUCCGUAUGGACGAAAGCAGCAGAUUUUUCCAGUUUGAACCGUUUCAUGUCUCUCUGGGAACGUGGAAAGCUUUGAAGGUUUCCUGUGGUUCUUGGCAUGUGGCGUGUAUAGUUUGCCCCAAUCAGAAUAGUAACAAGGUGGUUGCUAAAAUUCCCGAGGAAAUACCUGGAGUAGAAACAAUUGCUGUCCAGAAUGAAGCUGAGGAUAGCUUUGAUGAUGGCUUACUCGUUUUUAAGCGUAAGCAAGAGGCUGACAUGAAACCGAAAGAGAAUUUUACAUGGAGUGACAAGGAAACACUUGCCAGUGAUGAAAUAGGAGUUUCUCAAGAUUCGAUAAACCUUUUGAAUCAGACAAGAACUGAAUCGAACCAGAGGAUUUUAACUGGUUCAGAUAAUACUGAUUCAGAAAGUCACAAUACGGAGCAGAUUGAGCGCUUGUGCAGAGAUAGUUAUAGCAAGGAUUUUAUCGUGGAUGGAGUAGUAUAUGAUGCGGGUAUAAAUAGAAAUGCUAUAGCUGGAGCAGACCUCGAUAAUCCUACAGUUACAAAUAACUUAGAGGAAAAACCUGCUUCCACUCUCGAUACUAAAAAUGAAGAAAUGACUGACCAUGUAAAAAAACUUGUGCACGAGGAAAAACCGGCCACCAGCCCUAAAGUACCACAAUUGUCUGCUUCUGGUGAUCCAGCCAUAAAGGGGAUGAGUGAACGCCUGAGAAAAAAUUUAGAGCUAGGAUUUGUGGAUCGAAGUUCACUUCUGAAGCACCAUUAUCCUUCAAAGACGCGCGAUUUUGUGAUCAAAGAUAAAGUUACAUCGACAAUUAGUGAAGCAUUACACGACGUUAAGCCGCUGUCCGGUGCCUUAACAGAACCGAAAACAAUCUCAUCCACUAAUGAUUUUGAAUCAAAGCAACCAAAAGAGCAAACUGAAAAGAGUUUUGAAUCCAGUGUAGACGAUGAAUUUGAUUACGCUUUUGAAAAAUUCAGCGGAGAACCAAACAGGGUUGAAGCAGUAUGCGAGGACGAAAAAGAGGCAGUCGUCGAGAGUAAAGACGAAAUAAACCGUUUAACACGACCUAGAGCUUGCUCCGAACAGCGUAGUGGUGAAGACGCUUUGGUAUCGGAAGAAAUUAAAACUGCCCUGCGGAGUGGGUCUCUUGACAGUUUGAAGCUUCAUCAUCAACAGGACGAUGCAGCCAAGAAUUUCAAGCCAAGUCGGGUUCGUUACAGUCCUCCUGCUCAUUCACAGAGCCCAGUGGGACAUCUGAACCGAGAAAAAAGGCCAGCUAGAAUGCUACGAUAUACUUCUGUUGACAUGGAAUACCACUUACCUAACCAGCCUGUGCACACAGUGGAGAUUGGUGUCACACCCUACUACCGACCCCGCCCUCCCAUGAAUCGCACUCAAUCCAGUCCCACGCUCUACUCGUCAAACUUAAUCGGGAGUCCUCUGGGUUCUAGGAGGAAAAAUUCCCAGUCGGCGAAGAUUCCAAAACCUCCUACAUCAAGUGUUAACAGUGGCGAGAAUCUCCCGCCCAGACCUCCUGCGCGCGCAAUCAGGCGUCCCCUUGGUCACAGGCCCAUGUUCUCAUCCGGAAACUCUUGGAGGAAGCGGAAGUAAUUUAAGUGUAACGAUUAAGGAGGACUUCAUUGUUAUCUUUUGAACGGAAAAACUAUUUUACUUCAAAGCUCCUUUGCGGUUCCAAUCGUGUCUGUUUUCAACACGUCUUUGAUACUGAAUUUUUUGUGACUCUUUUUUAAACGUGUCUCAAAGCAAUUUUUUAGUACUAUCGCCAUUUCUCUUUUUAACGUCGCAUUUCUUU